AUGGCGGAGCCCGUAGCAUCGGAUGCAGCGGCGGCAUCGCCACCCGCGGGCCUCUCUCCCGCAGCCAGUCCGGGCUCGGAGCCUCCAUCCAUGGCUCUCUCGCCCUCGGCGGACGGGUCCCAGCGGCUGCUCUUCUCUCACGACCUGGUGUCCGGGCGGUACCGAGGUUCAGUCCGCUUCGGUCUCGUGCGUAUGAUCCAUGGCGAGGAGGAUUUCGACUCCGACUCGGACCUCGACGAUGGAGGAGGGAGAGGCGGCGGCGGCGGCGGAGGAGGCGGCGGCGCUGGUGGAGGACGAGUCCAGUGUGGUUCGGACACGGAGAGCGCCGCGGACACCCCGAGUCGGCCUCUCGGUAGGGGAUUUGUCCGCGUCCAGUGGUACCCUGAAGGAGGAAAGCAGGACAUCAGGGAGACAAAGCUGAAACUGGAAGAUCGAUCCAUUGUCAUGAGAGACAUUGUGCGACGGAACAAUUCAAAUGACAACCAGUGUGGUAUCGUGACCAACAUUGACAUCGAGUGUGCAGUGAAACUGGUGGGAACGAACUGUGUUCUGUAUCCAGUGAACAGCAAGGACCUGCAGCACAUUUGGUCUUUUAUGUACGGCGACUACAUUGCCUAUGACUUCUGGUUGGGGAAAGUGUAUGAUCUGACUAAUCACAUCAUCCUCAAGCUUUCCAACGGUGCCAGGUGCUCCAUGAGUGUGGAGGAUGGGGCCAAGCUGUACGACGUCUGCCCACAUGUCAGUGAUUCGGGUCUGUUCUUUGACGAGGCUUAUGGCUUCUACCCAGGCCAGGUCCUGAUUGGUCCAGCAAAAGUCUUCUCUAACGUUCAGUGGCUGUCAGGAGUCAAACCUGUUCUAAGCAGGAAAUGCAAGUUCAGGGUUGUGGUGGAGGAGGUGAAGGUGGUGGAACUGAAGGUGACCUGGAUCACCAAGAGCUACUCACCCAAAGGCUCUGACGGCGUCUAUCCACCUCCCUCCACCAUCACACAGGAGAAUCUAAGCAGGGUGAGACGUCUGGGCUACUAUGACCACACCCAGAGGCAGCUGGGAGAGAGGGCCCUCUACGUCUUUCCUGCCAAGGGGGAAGCCACGCGCAUCACCUGUGAAGGACCAGAGGGGGCUCCAGUCAUACCCGAAGACCCUGUUGCUAGAAAGUUGAAAAGGAUGUUCAAGAAAGAUUUGGGGAAGAAGACGGAGAACGCAGACACGCAAGGCGAGCACAAGUUGGAGCACACUGACCCGUCUCAUCCCAACAACAACGGCCCUGUGGUGUCCAUCCAGAACCCCCCGGAGGCCCAGAACACCCACAGCACCUCGGCCGAGCAUGGGGAGCCGGACGCUGAUGACGAGGCUGCUGAGGACACAGACGACACCAGCUCUCUGACGUCGUCAGCGAGCUCCACAGCCUCGUCUCAGAGCGGCGGUCUGGGAACCAACCGUAAGAAGAGCAUCCCACUCUCUAUCCGCAACCUGAAAAGGAAACACAAAAAGAAGAGGACCAAGUUCUCCCGCGAGUUCAAACCUGGAGACAGAGUGGCAGUGGAAGUGGUCUCCACCAAGACCACAGCUGAUGUGAUGUGGAAGGACGGGCAGAUGGAAAAGGGGAUCCGAUCAAAUGACCUCAUUCCCAUCCAGCACCUCGACAGCCACGAGUUUUGUCCUGGAGACUUUGUAGUAGACAAACGACCUCAAGCGCUGCAGGACCCCAGCCUGUACGGUGUGAUUCAGUCUGGGGACCACAAGGGGCGAACGUGUGUCGUGAAGUGGAUCAAACUCAACACCAGCAGUGACGAUGUGGAGGUUAUUGGUGUGGAGGAGGAUGUCAGCGUGUACGACAUUGCAGAUCACCCAGAUUUUCACUUUCGCACCACUGACAUUGUCAUCAGAAUAUGGAACUCUGAGAACGGGCAGAACGACUGUGAGAAUGAGACGUCAGUAGGUCAGGUGUCCAGGGUGGAUGUGAGCAGCAAAGUGGAGGUGGUGUGGGCAGACAACUCCAAGACCAUUGUCCUACCACAGCAUCUCUACAACGUGGAGUCUGAGAUCGAGGAGACCGACUACGACUCUGUGGAGGAGACCAGCAGCGUCUUGUCCACCGAAGAGUGGGAGGACGAGAGCGACAGCUGGGAGACGGACAAUGGCCUCACCACGGAGGAAGACAGCCACGUCAACAAUGCCGAGGCCACAGAUAACGCCACCCCCACCCCCACCCCCACCAGCUACAGGACGUUUAUCAUCCCCCCACAGGAGGGCAGCAAAGCCGGGGUCACCAGCCCCACUAAUGUCCCAGGGGAGGAGGGGGAAGCAUCUGUGGCUGUGGCCAGUCCUGCUUCUGGAGGAGGAACAACCCCAGGAGGAGCCGUCAAUGGAGCCGAAAAGCCCAGUAAAGAUGGCGCCUCUCUGAGUUUCAGAGAGUUAAAAGAGGCCUUGAAAAUCCUGGAGAGCCUGAAGAACAUGACUGUGGAGCAGCUGUGGGCUGGCGGCUCUCCGACCUCCCCGACGUCCGCUGAACCCGCUUCCACAACUAAUGUAGCGACUUCUGUGACGUCCGCGGCCCCAGAGAAACCCACCAAGGAGAAGCGCUUCCUAGAUGACAUCAGGAAGCUGCAGGAGAACCUCCGGAAGACGCUGGAUAACGUGGCCAUCGUGGAGGAGGAGAAGAUGGAGGCUGUGGUGGAGGCAGGGGGGAGUGGAGGAGCAGGGACAGAGGCAGAGAGAGCUGGAGAGGAGAAGCCCCAGCAGGAGCCACAGACACCAGUCGCUGGACAGGAGUGGCCCAGUGAGUUUCUCAGUGACACACCAGUAUUGUGCCAACAGAGUGGUGGCAAACCUGGUGUCACCUUCACCAGUGCCAGGGGGGAGGUGUUCUCUGUGCUGGAGUGGGCCCCAGACACUCACUCAUUCAAGAAAAUGGAGUUUCAGCCAGCGGAGGCAAAGAAGUUCUUCAGCACAGUGAGGAAGGAAAUGGCUCUGCUUGCAACGUCGCUGCCCGACGGCAUCAUGGUCAAAACCUUUGAGGAUCGUAUGGACUUGUUCUCAGCGCUGAUCAAAGGCCCGACUCGCACCCCGUACGAGGACGGUCUGUUCCUGUUCGACAUCCAGCUGCCCAACAUCUACCCAGCUGUGCCGCCUCUGUUUCGCUACCUGUCUCAGUGCAGCGGUCGCGUCAAUCCCAACCUCUAUGACAACGGCAAGGUGUGCGUCAGUCUGCUGGGGACCUGGAUCGGCAAAGGCACUGAGAGAUGGACAAGCAAGUCCAGCCUGCUGCAAGUCCUUAUCUCCAUCCAAGGCCUCAUCCUCGUCAAUGAGCCUUACUAUAACGAGGCCGGCUUCGACAGUGACAGGGGCCUGCAGGAAGGCUAUGAGAACAGUCGCUGUUAUAACGAGAUGGCCCUCAUCAAGAUGGUCCAGUCUAUGACGCAGCUUCUGCAGAACCCCGUGGAGGUCUUUAAACAAGAGAUCCAGGAGCACUUUGUUUCUAGCGGCUGGCGGCUCGUUCACCGCCUGGAGGCGUGGCUCGAGCUCCACGAGGCCGCAGAGAGAGGGCAGGCGGCGCACCGGGCUCCCUACUCAAAAGACCGCUCCUCAUCUGUGGAGCCUGUGGACGAGCAGCUGCCCCUGGGAGCAGCGCCUGCGGUCGUGGCCCACAGCACCCCCAGUAAGCCUGUGGAGGAGGGGCUCGCGGGAGCGACGGUUACCAGUAUUAUGGAGGAGGAGCUGGAGGAUUCAGGGCUCAGUGCCUCCACCACAGCGGCUUCCCAGGCGAAGCUGAGCCAGAACUCGGACUGUGACGGCUCCACGGUGGGCGGGUCUCACGGUGGGGAGAGCAGAGCCGGCUCUACAGCCUCUACAGGCGCGGGCUCCGUGGGAAGCCAGCCAGUGGUGCGACCAAAGAAGCGAAGAAAGAGCUACAGGAGUUUCCUCCCAGAGGGCAGCGGCUACCCAGACAUAGGCUUUCCACUCUUCCCGCUCUCGAAGGGGUUUGUGAAAAGCGUCCGAUGCGUGCUGCUGCAGUACAGGGCGGCGCUGGCCGCCUCUGGCAUGCCUCAGCACACAGAGGACAAGUAAGUGCCUCCUCACCCCCCCCCCCCCCCCCCCCCCCCCCCCCCCCACACACACACACACACACACACACUCUGCACUGUUCCCCGCUCUCUGUCUCCUCUGUUCAUCUGCCUCAAGCUGUAGAAGACGAAGCAUUACGGAUCUGGUGGCUUCAGCUCUCUGUGCCCCCGUCCAGAGAUGCACUCAGCCCUCAGCACUGCCCACGGUUUCCUGCCCUUCUCCUCCUUCUCUGACUCAUCUCUGCUCCCGCUGCCCCAGACUCCACAACUUUAUGCCUGUUUUUUGUUCUCUCUGAAGUUCCUGUUGCUCAGCAUCACAGCAGACCAGUGCAGUGUGUGGAUGAGCUGUCACAUAGAAACCCUCAUCUUCUCAUGGCCAAAGGUUAAAACGGAGCUUUUACCAGAGACAGUCCGAGUUUCACCAUCAGCUGUGGCGGUGUGGCUGCCUCACAGGACUGAAUGAGAUGAUGAAACUGUGCCGUGCCCCCCCCCUCCACCGUACAGGUGGGGAUUUCCCUGACAGCAGUCAGCGGGUGAGACUCCCUAAAAACCGCACUGCCCAGCUCUCUCUGUAGCACUACUGGUGUUUUCGCUGCACCAUCCUGCACUAACACCAACAAACGGACCAUCUGGUCUGGGAGCAGCGACAUCGACCAGGACCAUUCUUUUUCGGUAGAAAACACUGGUUGUACGCUUUCUGCCAAAUCCUCUAGUUACACGCAAACACACACACACGCGCGCACUAAGUCGAACGUACUGAAUGUCGGUAAAACUGCCAGCCACAACAGCUUCACGUCUUUUUCCACCAUUUUUGUACUUUUCUUGGCCGGCCGCACAGCGAACAUGGAGUGACGACGUUUACACACCGCAGGCAUCACCUUGUAGCGCGUGUUGAGCGGGUCAUGACCUCACACGGCCGCUGCCUCCUCAUACGACGCGUCGGUUCACGCUGUGGAGACUCCAGCGGAGGCGGUCGAUGAGCUGGAGCCGGUGAGCUUGUGCUUUGGAGUUUGGACCCGGUCAGGGUUGCAGCGCGGCCUUCAGGGUGGAGCUUCUCUGUGACGGAGGGGAACUCUGCAGAGUAGAUCUGAAAAAAGAACCCGACGCAUCCGUUCCGUCAUCUCACAUCGACAUGUUGCCUUACUUGAAUUGUAAUCUCAUACUGUGUUGUACGGAGUUCCUCAUUUCAAGCUUCAGACACAAACCACAUGUAGAAACCACCUACUCCCUGAUCUAGUUGUUCCCCCUUCAUGGUGCAGAUCUUGGAUCAGAUUUUCCUCGUCUCGUGGGUUUAAUAACAUCGGAAGGUGACACUGAGGGUUUGUUGCCACUCCCUUGUGGUUUUCCGUGUUUUCCCAUUGGGGCUCCCGUUCUUCUGUCUCUUCUGCUUAUAUUGGGUUUUAUUUACAGACUUGAACUCACCUUCGGUCUACUCGUGCUUCCUGGGGAAAUCGGAGCAGUCUUUGUUUACAUCUUUUUUUUUUUUUUUAAUUGACUCCAUUCAACAUUGACUAUAGUGUUCUUUUUCCCGACAGAUAUGACAUUAUUGUUAUUGUAUUUAUUAUCAUGAUUAUAACACAGGUUGUGCUUGCCAUGAUCUGUGAAACGAAGAGGGAUUUUACUUGAACAAUGAGCCUUGAAGCAGAAUGAGAGGGCACAUGUGCCAUAUGAGUGAUCAAAGCAUGAGACAGGAGCUGCUGCAUUUUAAAGAGACUGAAGCUAAAAACGUCAUUAAUGAGGGUUGUUUUGUUUGCUUUGUCCACGAUCAUUUUUCUUCUCACUACAAAUCCUGUGGCCAUUCCUGGAUUUCAUUUCACCCUCAUCUUGUCGCUGCCUUUAAUUCCAGAGGACGAGUCCUCGCGUCUUCGCUGGCUGCAGUAGCUGCAGCUCGAUGUUGUUUUUUCCCCACCGACAUGCUGCUGUUUGCAAAGUGUCACUGACACAGGUCUUGUGUUUCCGGUGUCAGACACGAGAAGUGGGAGGUGCGGUCACGGUGCCAAGAAUCUCGCGGUGAUGUCUUUGCUCCUUAAUUCACCUUCUUUGUCAUUUAUCUACAACCACAGAAACAGAAAAUGUGAAGCUACACCUAGAAGCAAAAACCCAUCAGGAUAUUAAGCACACGAUGCUGUGUACAAUUUUCUGUGUAUGUGUGUAAAUUAGUCAGAUUUAAUCAUGAUUAUCAUCAUUUAUUAUUAUUAUUAUAUUAUUACUGCAAGAUGUUUGUUUUACAGCCAAAGCAUGUAACAUGUUGCUUUAAGCCUUUUGAUGGGGCGACACACGAGACUUGACUGUACGAUGUCUACAUUUCCACAGUGGCCUGUUAUUGAUAUAUUUAAAAAAGAACUAAUAAAGUUAUGAUUUGUAGCCUGAUUCCCUCUGUACAGCUGUCAUGACUAUAAUGAUAUAUAAAUAUAUAUAUCUAUAUACAUAACCACAUACAGGAUCUAUUUAACACAAACCUGAGUUCUAACAGUCAAGUGGAUGCUUGGGGCAUUUGUACAAAGUGCUGAGUCUGUAUUGUCCUUAAGAUUUCAUUUUUUUAUUGGUUUAAUUUUGUUGCUUAAGACAACUGUAUAGUGAUGUAUUAAACUUUGCAAGCAGUA